AUGAUGAUGACGAUGUGCCGUCUGCUGUGCGCCCUGUUGGUGCUCGCCCUGUGCUGCCGCCCGUUAUUGUGCGUGAUGGCGACUGUUGACGUGAAAGAAAAUGACUCCGGUGAAGUGCCCACACCAGAUGAAACACGUCCGGGGACCAAUUCUUUAAAUCCAAGUGCUCCCACAUUCCUGAAACCGGGUACUUCGAACGGUACGGAAAAAACACAAGAUUUGCCAACCGGUGGGUCGUCCAACGGUCAAGUAGUAUCAGAUUUGUCUGGUCAGUCAGCGUCACAAGUUUCUGGCGUUCUGCUACAGCCACCUACUGCACCAACCGUUGCGUCAGUUGCACAAAUUGUGCCGAUUCAGUCCGAAAAAGUACAGGAAAAGGGGACGACUGCAUCGACGACCACGACGACCACAACCACAGAGGCGCCAACCACGACGACCACCCGUGCACCGUCACGUCUUCGCAGAAUCGACGGCAGCCUCAGCAGCUCUGCGUGGGUGUGUUCCCCGCUGCUGCUUGCCGCAUCCGCGCUGGCGUACACCGCUGUGGGCUGA